AUGGCGGAGUUUCGUCCAGCGAAUUCAAAGCCAACGGAAAAUAACGCCGAAUCACGUACAAAUUUGAUCUCUAACAUUUUCCGGCGCCGGCCGUUCUCCUUCACCUCCACCAUUUGGAACGCAUGUUAUCUGGAUGAUAUGCCUUCUGUGGGCAUUAUGAACAGAGUUUUCAGCAAGGUUCGGAAUCUGGAUGCGUACCCUAAAGUCAAUGAGGAUUUCUACAGCCGUACGCUUUCUGGUGGUGUUAUUACCCUCGCUUCCUCCUUUGCGAUGUUCUUCCUGAUUUUCUCGGAGUUCGGACUAUAUCUUCAAACAGUUACUGAUACAAAGCUCGUAGUUGAUACUUCAAGAGGGGAACACCUCAAAAUUAAUUUUGAUAUCACAUUCCCUGCAGUUUCAUGCACACUACUCAGUCUUGAUGCCAUUGAUAUCAGUGGGGAGCAACAUCUUGAUAUUAAACAUUCUGUAAUGAAGAACAGAAUCGAUUCUGAUGGGCAUAUAAUCCAAGUGAAAUUUGACAAGAUUGGUAAACCUAAUAUUGGGAAGCUAAAGCAGAAACAUGGUGGAGAUGUUCAAGAUAAUGAAACAUACUGUGGUUCAUGUUUUGGUGCAGAACAGUCAGAAAGUGAAUGUUGUAAUACAUGUGAUGAGGUUCGUGAAGCAUAUAGAAGAAGAGGAUGGGGAUUAAUGAAUCCUGAUUUGAUUGAUCAGUGCAAAAGAGAAGGUUUUGUUCAAAGGAUUAAAGCUGAACAAGGUGAAGGGUGCAAUGUGUAUGGAUCUAUAAUUAUCAACAAAGUAGCUGGAAAUUUUCACUUUGUUAAAAGCUUUCAUCUUGCAAAUAUGCAUUUACCCCAUGUCCAUGAUGCCCAUAGUUUUGAAGACGAUAGUUAUAAUAUAAGUCACAGGAUAAAUAAGCUAGCUUUUGGAGACUAUUAUCCCGGGAAAAUAAAUCCACUUGAUGGGGUGCAUUGGUAUCAAGGAACACCAAAUGGAAUAUAUCAGUAUUUUCUCAAGGUGGUUCCAACUGUGUACACUCCACUUAGUGGGCGAGUUAUCAAGUCACAUCAGUUCUCUGUGACAGAACAUUAUAAGGCUCCACAAGUUAAACAUCGAGGGCUUCCUGGAGUCUUCUUCUUCUAUGACCUCUCUCCAAUUAAGGUGACUUUCACAGAAAGACAUGCUUCCUUCUUGCAUUUCUUGACCAAUCUAUGUGCGAUAGUAGGAGGUAUCUUCACGGUUGCAGGGAUUGUAGAUUCAUUUAUUUACCAUGGUCAUAAGGCUAUGAAGAAGAAAAGGGAAAUUGGAAAAUUAGGCUAAGGGUAAAACGGUCUUUUCCACUUCAAACCCUCACCGCAUAAUUUCGGGUUCGACAAUCCUAUUCUCCUUCGGUAUUGUCGUUGUAAUUAUC